AUGGCUUUCUCAGGGACUCUGUCUCAGCUAUCUUCUCUUUCCACCAUCUCCUCUUCACUACCAGUUUCUUCAAGAAGAUUCACACUUCGAUCUCUUCCUCAAUUCACAAUCAAAGCAGAGGCAGAGAAAGAGAAACAGAGCACAAAGGCUGCUAAGUCCGAUGGAGAAACACCAGCAGCUCCAGCUAAACCACCUCCUAAAACUCUUCCCAAGAAACCGGUUUACUCGAUGAAGAAGGGUCAAAUCGUUCGUGUGGAGAAGGAGAAGUACCUCAACAGCAUCAAUUACUUAUCAGUUGGACAUCCUAUUUUCUACAAAGGACUUGACUACAUCUACGAAGAUCGUGGCGAGGUUCUGGACAUUCGUGUCUUUGAGACUGGAGAGUAUGCACUUGUUGGAUGGGUUGGUAUUCCUACAGCACCGGCUUGGCUACCAACAGACAUGCUCAUCAAGUCUGAGAAACUUGUUUAUGAGCGACUAUAG